AUGUCGCAGUUUCGGGACACCUUCACGAAGGACGAGCAGCGGGAGAACCUGCUCGACUACGACGACAACGCGUUCAUGUUUUUCCUGUGCAGCGUCACAGUGUGCAUUUUGAUCCCCUGGAGCUUUUUUUUCCUGCGGAAGUGCCUCGCGGUGUCCAACGCCUACCGCCAGAAGUACCCCGAGAAGACUGCGGCGGGCUCCACUCUGCGCCACUGCCAGUGCAGCGCCUGCGUGGCCCAGCGCGCCGCACUCCGCAAGGAACUCUCGCUCUUCCGCACGCGCUUCCUCACGAAGGGGCGGCUCUCUGAGUUCGCGGCGCUGCUGCUGUGCUGGCUGGGCUUCGUGCUGAUCUGCCGCAACCUGCAGGACGUGCAGAGCAUCAAGACCUUCGACCCCUUCGAAAUCCUCGACAUCAGCCCCUCCGCCACGCAGCGCGAAAUCAAGAAGGCUUACCGCCUCAUGUCCCUCAAGUACCACCCCGACAAGAACGUGAACGACCCCACGCAGGGCGCCCGCUUCAUCAUGAUCGCCAAGGCUUACCAGGCCCUCACGGACGAAGUGGCGAAAAAAAACUACGAGAAGUACGGAAACCCUGACGGGCCGGGCGGCAUGAAGAUUGGCGUCGGGCUUCCGCGCUUCCUGGUGGAGGAAACGAACCAGAUUUUCGUUCUUUCUUUCUUCUUCCUCUUCCUUCUCGUCGUCCUGCCCAUGAUCUUCCUGUGUUACUACCAACGACAAAAGAAAUACGCCCCGAACGGAGUCAUGGUUGAAACCGUGCAGUUCCUCACCCACGUGAUGACUGACGGCACGCGGCUGAAGAACCUGCCGGAGCUGAUGGCUGCGAGCGGCGAAAGCCGGGCCAUGAAGAUAGAACGCGACGACGACAAAGACAUGAAGCAAAUUUGCGACGCCGUGGUGGAGGCCAAGAAGCGGAUCUUCACAGUUCCAGUGAUCGUCAGGAACUGCUACCUCAUCAACGCCCACAUGCAGCGGCUGCACGAACUCAUGAGCCCGCGGCUGAAGAAGGAGCUGCACCAACUGCUCAAGGACUCGCUGCCGAUCACGCAGUGCAUGAUGGAGAUCUCCGUCCUCAGCGACUGGUACUUGACGGCGGACUCCGUCUUGGAGUUCCGGCGCUGUCUGAUCCAGGCCAUCAACGGGCGGACUCAGUCGCUCUUCCAAAUUCCGCACUUCGACGAAGACGUCGUUCGCCACUGUCACCGCGGGAAGCACGUGAUUCGCGAGCUGAGCGAGUUCCUGCGGCAAGAGGGCGAAGAGCGCAGAGGCACGCUGGACAUGUCCAGGGAGCAGCAGGCCGACGUGCAGGCCUUCUGCGCCCACGUCCCCAGCGUAGACCUGCAGGCGGAAAUUGUGGUGGACGACGAGGCAGAAAUUGUGGUUGGAGACAUCGCCACUUGCCGCAUCACUCUCACGCGAAAAAACUUGAAGGAGGGCGAAGCUGCAGGAGCAGUGCAUGCGCCGUACUUCCAGGAGCCCAAGUACGAGGAAUGGUGGAUUUUCUUGAAGGAGAAGGGCGACGGCGCCGCUGGAGGCCGCCUUAUCAACUUCUUGAAAUCAAGAAACUUGGAAAGAGUGGUCAAGGAAAGCCUCCAGUUCAGGGUCGGGAGACCCGGAAAGAAUGUGAUGACUGUCGUGGCCUUGUGCGACUCCUACACGGGAGUCGACGCCACUAUAGAUGUGGAGUUCAGAGCCUACACGCCCGAGGAGAAGCCACGUGAAGUUUUCGUGCACCCGGAAGAUGUUAAGCUGGACGAGGAGCCAACUCUCUUCCAACAGAUGCUGGGGGACAUGUGCGUCAAUUCGAGUGAUGAAGAGGAGGAGUUCGACCUGGACGAAGCCCCGAAGGUUGUACGGAAGAAGGUGGCAACCGAGAAUGACGGAGCAGCCACUGCAGAACAAGCGGAUUCAAAUACAGCAGGAGAAUCCGGCGAACGGCCAACUACAACAGCGUAA